CAACUAAGAAAGGCGGCCAGAGAGUGCCUUAUCAAAUGACAUCCUUAUAUGGCGCUCUGACUCAGCCUUCAGUUUUCCUAUAUAUCACAAUGGCUACUGGCACAAGAAUAUAUAAUUAAUCACUGGUGAUUCAUCCAGUGACCAUAGUUUGAUUUGGCUUACCCUAUGCUCGCGACAGCAGAUAUGUCUGAUGGCUCCACAAACGGUGCCCGUCUGAAGAUUUCGACUUCCUCAAAGCCAAAAUUCCAUUUCGUUGCUGGCCUGGCUUCCGGGCUCUCUUCUGCCAUUCUCCUCCAACCUGCAGACCUUCUGAAGACUAGAAUCCAACAAGCACACCAAACCUCUGCGCUCCUUUUCACCAUUCGCAAAAUCCUUGCAUCACCGCAGCCAAUCCGAGGUCUCUGGCGAGGGACACUACCCUCAGCACUUCGAACGGGAUUUGGCUCCGCUCUAUACUUUUCUAGCUUAAAUGCAUUAAGGCAGUGUGUAGCAAACCAGGGCCCAUUAGUCCCUCUCCAUGGUGAUCGCGAUGACAAGCGCACGCGCACAUCCGCGCUUCCGAAACUCUCUCAUACAGCAAACCUCCUUACCGGAGCCAUGGCAAGAACUGCGGCAGGGUUCAUCAUGAUGCCUGUUACUGUCAUAAAAGUUCGCUAUGAAUCAGACUAUUACGCCUACCGUAGCAUUUGGGGUGCUGGGCGGGAUAUUGUGCGUUCAGAAGGUUUCAGAGGCUUAUUUUCCGGUUUUGGCGCAACGGCGAUUCGUGAUGCGCCGUAUGCUGGUCUCUAUGUUGUAUUUUACGAGCAAUCUAAGAAGAAUCUUAAUGCAUUGAACUUCGGUGGAUUGACGACGGCACGGCCGCUCUCCGACGAGCCGGCUUGCAAGGAUAACUCGGAAAAGCAGCUUGUUACCUCGUCCAUAUCGGUUAAUUUUGUCUCCGGUGCGCUGGCUGCAGGCUUGGCGACCAGCAUCACGAACCCAUUCGAUGUGGUUAAGACACGGUUGCAGCUUAUGCCGAACAAGUAUCGCAAUAUGGCCCACGCGGUGCGGCUAAUGCUCCGUGAAGACGGAGUGCGGAGCCUUUUCGGGGGCUUGGGUUUGCGCAUGGGCCGCAAAGCAAUUAGCUCCGCGCUUGCAUGGACUGUAUAUGAAGAACUGAUCCUAAAAGCCGAAAAGAGGUGGCCAGAUCAGGAUAAUAUCGAGCAAUUAGCGCCAUAACUUGACUACUGUCUUGUUCUACAAGAUCAACGAUUUCAUGGCAUUUCUUGGUAUAUGAUUCAUUUGGAUAUAUUGCGUUUCCCUAAUGGCUCUACUUUUGGAUCAUGGGUGAGUGAAACGGAUGGCAUUUGGGCGGUUAAUACUCUUCUUGUUCUGGAAAUUCCACUGUAUCAUAGGAUAAGCAUUCUAACCGGCGUUUUUGGAAGUGAUGGUUUUAGAUUAACAUCGCUACUAUUAAUAUUACUCUUCCUUUAUCUAAAACAC